UGCUAGUAACUUCAUUAAAAAUAUCCGUAUGCUUGUUUUCAUGGGGUACAAAGCCAGUAACGAAGAAACCUAAGAAUCAGUUGCUUGCCGCGUGCGAUACGCAGCAAACACGUGAACGGUCUUCGCUUCGAGUCAGAUUAAAAUAUAAAGUGAAAAUUGGCUGAAGUGAGUGAAAGCGGGGGAAAAAAUAUAUUUGAGUAAUAAAUCCUUUGAGGAAACAAUAAAAAUGUCAAAGGAUAAUCUCAUUUCGAUGGAGCAAACGCGCAACGAUAAUCCGCCACUCGCUGGCUUCAUCAACACUGCGCGCCUAGAUGCUUGUGAGCAAAUUGAGAUGCAGGAUGUUGUAGGAAUGCCUGGCAGUGGCAACGUCAAUGGCCUGGACAACAACAGCUACAACAGUGCCGCGAAUGGACACAGAGGCAGCAGGUAAGCGGCGGAGUGGUGCUGGUGCCAGUCCUGGUGGUAUAAACGGUGCCGGUAGUCGUCUUGCUAUCACCGAUAUUUCCACCACACCGCCACGUAUGGAUUCGACGCGCAACAGUUCGGAACGUAGUCUGCCAUUGCGCAGCUAUAGCAAGUGGUCACCCACCGAGCAAGGCGCUACCUUGGUUUGGCGUGAUCUGUGCGUCUAUACGACAGGCGAUCCGAAUGGGACGAGUGGUGGUGGCAGCUUGCACAAAAUGAAGCGAAUCAUUAACAAUUCGACGGGUGCAGUGCAGCCGGGCAAUCUGAUGGCGUUAAUGGGCUCCAGUGGCUCGGGUAAAACAACACUGAUGUCUACUCUCGCUUUCCGGCAACCAG